AUGUUCUUCGGGUUCCAGGCGGUGUCGUCAGCUGAUAUGGGUACCGCUACAUCGAGAGCUUCAACCUGCAACAGGAACCUUCUAGCAGUACCAUCGGCAGUAGUACUUCGUAUACGGAAUAAAAUAGUGUACAGGUUUUGUGGUGAUUUACGAAGACGAGGUCCCGUACCUUUAAAACGUGAAAAUGCGGUGCCUAAGAACUUUAAGUGUCUUAACAGUGACUCUAUCUUUAGUGUGGUCAAUGACCUUAGAGACAACUUCACCAAGGUAAGUAGUACUUCUAGUCCAGAAAAUAAUAGUCCCAAAGACUCUAGUAGUAGUAGUAGUAGUAGUAGUAGGAAAAUUAAAACCAAGCAAAAAGAUCCAGUGCUUCAUAAUUUCAUCAGAACAACCAUUAAAGAUUUGAAGCAAAAUAUAACGACCAAAAAAUAUUCUUCAAAAUUAAACUCAACUGCAAAACUGAAAUUGUCCACUAUCAAACCUAUUACCAUAAAGUUGACUAAAUCUACAACUCGACGACCAACAAGUACCAUGAAGUCUGUAAAAAUUAAGACUACAAAUCUGAAGCAAAACUGGUACGAACAAGGAGUACCGUAUCCAAACCCCAUGCCAGAAAUCACUUCAAGUUCGCCCCCAUUUUCAAUUAGCGACAAUUUAGAACCUCAAAUCUACUCCAACUCACCUUCAGAGCCUUUACAAGGUGUUCCACCAAUUGUUGAAGAAACAUCCAAUGUUGUUGAUACAUCCAAUCCCAAUAAUCCAAUAAGUACUUUCAACUUAGACAUGCUCCCUACAGCUUCAGACCUCAGAGACCCUUCUUCAAAUUGUCCUACAGUCCACAUUUCAAGCUCAGUUUUAUCACCCUUAGAACAGCGACAAGGCUGUUCUGACUUAAAUUUAGUCCUCAACACGCACUACCACCAAAACCAAGACACCAGAAACCCUGGGGUUAGUACCUAUGAUACUUCAGCUGACGGUAUUGAAACUGUUGCUGCAGAUGAUGCUGUAGCCCAAGACGAUUUGACAAACCAGGCUGAACCAGUUGCUGCAGAUCCUGUUUCAACUUACGCAGACGGUGCUGGUGGUUCUAGUGGCGGUUCUAGUGGUGGUUCUAGCGGUGGUACUGGUGGUAGUGGUGGCGACGGAGGCGGUAACGAUGGCGGAUUUAAACUACCAGACCUUGCACCCAUGUUUAGAGCAAUGGGUUACCUAAUGCGCGGUCUUUGGUGGUUGCUACAAAAACUCAUGAACCCUUGGCUCUAUAUAAUACCAAUAAUACUGUUUUUCAAAUUAGGCUUUUUGGGUAUUUUGGCAUUGUUUCCCUGGUGGAUACCGUUCGUUUUCUUGUACUUUAGCGUGCGGACUGAGGAGCCGAAACAUGAAGUGGCUCAUGUCAAGCACCAUCACAGGCCUGUGGUUGUUAAACAUCCUGACGGGUGGUUCUGGAACCAUCAGACUAAGACUUGGCAAGAUGUUAGUCGGCAGAGAAGGAGUGUUGGCGAAGAGAUGCUGGAUGAUAAGAUUAUUGGGUUUGGUUCUAAGUAUUUGAAGGAAAAAAAUAGGAAACGUAAAUAG